AUGAAUAAACUCUUGAUCCUUCCCUUUAUAUCCUCCUUAGUUGAGUCUCCGUUUUCGCUGGCGCUGGCGCUGUGAUGUGAUUUGCAGAGGAGAAGAGGCAAUGGCUUACAUGUGUGCAGACAGUGGCAACCUGAUGGCGAUUGCGCAACAAGUGAUUAAGCAGAAGCAGCAGCAAGAGCAGCAGAAGCAGCAGCAGCAGCAGCAGACCAAUCCAAUUCCAUGGAACAGCACUCCUCCUCUCCCUCCCACCGAUUUCCCCGACCCCUUCCAAUCCGAUCCCCCCUUCCACUUCCAACCCUUCCGCUUCUCCGACUUCGACUCCGACGACUGGAUGGACUCCCUCAUCGCCACCCCCUCCUCCUACACCACCGAUUUCCCCUUCCCCUCCUCCGAUCUCAACCGCCUCAUCUUCCCGCCCCAAUCCCCCGACUCGGACUCCCCACAGCAGCCUCUCCUAAAAGCCCUGUCGGAGUGCGCCUCCCUCUCCGAAACCGAACCGGAUCAAGCCGCCGAAUCCCUAAGCCGUUUGCGGAAAUCCGUCUCCCAGCACGGAAACCCCACCGAGCGAGUGGGCUUUUACUUCUGGCAGGCCCUGAGCCGUAAGAUGUGGGGAGACAAAGAAAAGAUGGAGCCCAGAAGUUGGGAGGAGUUAACACUCUCUUACAAGGCCCUUAACGACGCCUGCCCUUACUCCAAGUUCGCCCACCUAACCGCCAACCAAGCCAUCCUCGAAGCCACCGAAAACGCCUCCAACAUCCACAUCCUCGACUUCGGCAUCGUCCAGGGGAUCCAGUGGGCCGCGCUCUUGCAAGCUUUCGCCACUCGUGCCUCCGGAAAGCCCAACAAGAUCACCAUCUCCGGAAUCCCCGCCGUCUCCCUUGGUCCCUCUCCCGGCCCUUCUCUCUCCGCCACCGGCAACCGCCUCUCUGACUUCGCCAGGCUCCUCGACUUGAACUUCGUGUUCACGCCCAUUCUCACUCCCAUUCACCAGCUCGACCACAACAGCUUCUGCAUUGACCCAAACGAGGUCUUGGCCGUUAACUUCAUGCUUCAGUUGUAUAACCUCUUGGACGAGCCUCCCACCGCGGUUGACACUGCGCUCAGGUUGGCCAAGUCUCUCAACCCUAGAAUUGUCACCCUUGGCGAGUAUGAAGCAAGUGUCACACGUGUCGGGUUUGUCAACCGGUUCAGGACUGCGUUCAAGUACUUCUCUGCUGUGUUUGAGUCUCUGGAGCCUAAUUUGGCCGCGGACUCGCCGGAGAGGUUUCAGGUGGAGAGUCUUCUGCUCGGGCGGCGUAUUGCCGCUGUUAUUGGGCCGGGGCCGGUGAGGGAGAGUAUGGAGGACAAGGAGCAGUGGAGGGUUCUGAUGGAGCGUGCUGGUUUUGAAUCGGUGAGUCUCAGCCAUUAUGCAAUCAGUCAAGCUAAGAUACUUCUCUGGAAUUACAGCUACAGUUCUCUGUUUUCGCUUGUUGAGUCUAAACCACCGGGGUUUUUGUCUCUGGCUUGGAAGGAUGUUCCUCUCUUGACUGUGUCCUCUUGGCGUUAAUGCUUCGUUCUUUAUUGGAAAGGGUUUCCACCUGGUCCUUUUUUCUCUGGUGUGGAACAACUAAUUAUUAAUUAUUAUUAUUAUUAUUUGGCGAUAUGUCAUGGAUGAUCGAUCAUGCUAUGCGAAGCUAGCCUCUUCAAUUUCGUGAAAUUAUGCAGAUUUGACAUGUGUGAAUUGGCAGGCACUGCAAGAAGAAUUUGAGGUUUUUGGGAGAAUUGUCACGUUUAGCAGUUUGGUCCGUCCUGUACUAGUUCCACACCCCUUACUUUCUUAUUUUGUUUUCAAUUGAUUUUUCUUUUUCUUGGCAGCGUCUUUUUUUUUUUUUUUUUUUAAUGUGGCAAUGGUGUUAUAUUAGCUUCAAGACUUGACUAGGCAAACUGUGACAAUGGAAGAAAUGGGAUGGAGAGAAGCUUUCUUUCUCAUUGCUUCUAGUCAUUGUAACUCUGUAAAUUGGAUUUUGUUGUAUGGAUUUAAAUUGGUCUGAAUGAAUAUCAUAGGAUUUUUAUCUUUACUUUCCUCUCA